AUGUCGGAGCGAGCGAAUAAGCGAGGCCGCUGGGGCGGCGGGGCUGGGAUUCCCCCGGGAAUGGGCGUGCAGGCGCCUGACCUGCAGGAGGUCCCGCCGCCCCCUCCCCCCGGCGCAGCAUCACAAUCGGCGGGGCAGCCCGACUUCUCCGCCGCAGGCGUCUCGGCCAUGAGCGUCGCCGCCGCCAAGGCUGCCGCAGCCAGGGCCGCCGCCGCCAUACAGCAGCAGCUUCACGGCAUGGGAAGCGGCGCGGACGUGAACAGCAAGUACCCCGGGAUGCCCCCCGCGUGGGGCGUGGGCAUGACCGAGGCGCAGAGGGACGCCGCUUACGCGCAGCACACCAGGCAGUCGCGGCGUCUCUACGUCGGGUCCCUGCCCAAGCCAGUCAACGACGAGGCGCUGCACGCGUUUUUCAACAACGCGAUGGUCAACUCCGGCGCCGCGAUCGACCCCUCGGGCGGGCCCUCGGUGGUGAACACGACGAUCACUCACGAAAAGGGAUUCGCGUUCAUCGAGUUUCGAAGGCUCGAGGACGCCGAGUCGGCGCUGAUGUUCGACGGGAUCGUGUUCAACGGAUCCAAGCUGAUCAUCAAGCGGCCGAAGGACUACGACGCGGCGAGGAACCCGAUCUGGGCGAUGCGCGGGCAGGCUCCGCCCCAGGAUGAGGUAAAGCUCAUCGGCGAGGAACUCCCGAUUGGCACCAUCAUCGUCGACGGCAAGGAGGUCAAGAUCCCGCUGCCCCCGCCCCUCCCCUCGGAGUGGCCGCGGCUUCCCCGGCGAACGCCCAACGGCCCGCACAAGAUGUACUGCGGCGGCUUCCACCCGUUGCACACCGAUCUUCAGGUGCGGCAGGUGCUGCAGAGCGUCGGCGAGCUCAAGUCGUUCGCGGUGAUGCCCGACGAGAACGGUCGGCCCACCGGUCACGCGUUCUUCGAGUACAAGGACCCGCGCCUGUCCGCCGUCGCGGAGACGGUGCUCACCGGCAUCAGGGUUCGAAAUCGUCGGCUCGUGUGCCGCCGCAUGAACCCGGACGCGGCACCGGAGAAGCCCGGCGAGUCCGCGACGUAUGUCGUCCCCGACGCGGCUUGGCCGCUGCUGGAGCCGGCGUCCGCCAGGCUCGCGGUGUACAUGGCCAUACGCGAGGAGCACGACGCGUUGGCGCGACGGGAGAUCGAGGAGGCGGUGCACGCGGAGGCUGCGCGUCUGGCGAGGUGGGACCCCGACUUUAUAUCGCACAAGAGGGUCUUCGACGACGCGUGCGUGUUUCUCGAGUUCAAAGACGGCGGGGCGCUCGACGGCGGCGACGGCGGCGGCGGGGCGUGCGGGGGGAACACGGCGGAGGACGCCGCGGUGCGUUGCUCGUCGGGAAUGAACGGGAGGACGUUCGAGGGGCGGCGGAUAUACGUGAGGUACCUGCCGCCGGAAGGGGAGGAGGAUGGCGAGGCCGAGGCGGGCGAGGGCGCGGUGGCUGUCGUCAGUUAG